AUGGGAAAGCUAAGUAUUUUUGUGAAUAUAUUUGUUUUAUUAUUUGCACUGACGUCUGCUAAGAAGUACCAACCUAACUGGGAAUCGUUAGAUUCUCGUCCGUUGCCGACUUGGUAUGAUGAAGCGAAGAUCGGUAUAUUUCUUCACUGGGGAGUGUAUUCUGUCCCUGCAUUCGGAUCAGCUUGGUUCUGGUACUACCUACACCACGGGGUUCCUGCUUAUGUAGACUUUAUGAAAAAGAAUUACAGACCUGGCUUCACUUAUCAGGACUUCGCUGCUGAAUUCCAUGCGGCAUUUUUCGAUCCUGAGCAAUGGGCCGAUAUUUUCCAGGCGUCAGGGGCUAGAUAUGUUGUUCUUGUCACAAAACACCAUGAAGGUUUUACGAUGUGGCCUUCAAAGUAUUCUUUUAAUUGGAAUGCUGGAGCUGUGGGUCCGAAACGAGAUUUAUUAGGUGAUCUUCUGAAAGCUGUCAGGGAGAAGGGCAUGCACUUUGGUGUAUAUCACUCAUUGUUUGAGUUCUUCAACCCUUUGUAUCUGCAGGACAAGGCAAACAACUACACUACUCGUUCCUUCCCUGAGACCAAGACGAUGCCGGAGUUGUAUGAACUAGUGAAUACUUACCAGCCAGAAUUGAUCUGGUCUGACGGCCCUAUGGGUGCCCCGGAAUCAUACUGGGGUUCUCUGGAAUUCCUUGCCUGGCUCUACAAUGAAAGCCCUGUCAAAGAUUUCGUUGUAGUAAACGACCGAUGGGGCAAUGACACCGAAUGUCACCAUGGAGGUUUUUGGGACUGUUCCGACAAAUACAAUCCAGGUAAACUUCAGCCCCACAAAUGGGAGAGUGCCAUGACUGUCGAUCGACACAGCUGGACACACAGACGCAACAUCAAUUUAGCAGAUGUUCUUUCUCUCAACGAGCUCCUCACUGUCAUGGCCAGAACAAUUAGCUGUGGUGGUAAUUUACUAAUGAAUGUUGGUCCCACAUCUGAUGGUCGAAUCAUUCCCAUAUUUGAGGUGAGACUGAGGGAAUUUGGAAAAUGGAUGUCUGUUAACGGAGAAGCUGUUUACCACUCCAAACCCUGGCACACACAGCAGGACAACACUACAAAAAGUGUCUGGUAUACAUCUCAGAAGCUUAUCUCCACUACUGCUGUGUAUGCCAUAGUGCUGGAAUGGCCCAAAAACAACACACUUAGUCUACGGGCCCCCAUCCCCAGCCCAUCCACGACUGUUGAGCUGCUCGGAUACCCUGGUCGGUUCCUUAAGUACUUGCCGGGAGCCUUAGGUACCAUGGAUAUUUUGUUGCCUGUCCUUAACCCUGUCUUCAUGCCUUCCAACGAUGGUUGGGUCAUCAAAAUGAAGAAUCUUCAAAAUCAGUGAUUGUUGAAACGUGUUACACAGACUUUUAAUGUGAGUGUUCAAUAACAUUUAAAUUAAUACUCUACAUAGGAUGUCAGCCACCACAGUUGAAAUUUAAAGUGUCUUAACCUUUUGCCAAUUGGGGAAAAAUUAAAUGUAGGAAAGAGUUAGAAGUUGAAGCUGAAAUAUUUAAUUUCAGGCAUGUAAAGGAGAAUUUAACAAUGUUCACAGGAAAAGAGGAGGAAGCAUGUGUUUACUUCUCUUUACAUACAUUGUUCAUGUAAUCCCUUACUUCUAUAGGAUAAUGAAUAUCAUUUGUAUUUUUUUUUUUAUUUAAUUUUGAAUAACAUUACUUGAUUAUUUGAGUCCUUAAUCCUUCAAAGCGUUACUGUUUAACUUUUAUCUAGAACUUGAGAAACAAUCUCGAUAAGUGGUGAAUAUUUAAUAUAUUUUACACGUAGGUCUUUUUUGUGAGGUGAUAAUUUAGAAAUCCAAACAAUUUAGUCAUUAUUUUACCAUUUCAAAAUUAGAUUGGAGGCAUAUUUUUGUAUAUAGCAAACGGUCUCCUAAAGUUAAGAUGUGGUAAAUUCCAGACUUUUCAUCUGAGACUUGUUUUGUUAAUGUUUUUUUAGAUUAUUUCAUGUCUGAUAAAAUGGCCCAAAUGCAAUUAAUAAUGAUAUAUUUUCUUAACAGAAAUAUGUGACAUGAUUAUGAAAAUGCAUUUCAUAAAUAUCAAUUUUGUGAUACUAUGGAAAACUCUUGUGCCAUGAUAACAGUUUAUAAUCAAAAGUGAAGCUUGGAGUCAAUAUCUCACCUUUUGUAUAUCUUAAAUAAAUUAUUACAGACACAUUCCAAUACUGUUUGCUCAAUUUCUU